AUGCUGUCCGUGCUCUCAGCAGUAUUGGCUCUCUCAGCCGUGAGCUACGGCACCACAGGGAACACCGACUUCAAAAACCGAUGCCUUUCUCUUGAGCCAGAGAAGCUGGUUGACAACUCGCAGCGCAUGCGCCUCGAAUAUGUCACCAACGGCACAACCCUCGAGUUCCCAGACAAUGACGCGUCGUGCAACCGAGCUACGCAACUCGUGUCGACCAACCUGUGCCGCAUAGCGCUUUACAUUGCCACGUCUGAGCGCUCUGGUAUUACCUUUGAGCUUUGGUUGCCCGAGGCGUGGACGGAGGCUAGAUAUAUUGCUACUGGGAAUGGAGGCGUAGAUGGAUGCGUCAAGUAUGAGGAUCUGGCGUAUACGACUGCCAAUGGUUUUGCUGCCAUGGGCACGAACAACGGGCACAAUGGCACAACGGGCGUGGCAUUCCUAAAUAAUCCUGAUGUUGUCGAGGACUUUUCAUACCGAGCUCUUCACACUGGCACCGUCGCGGGCAAAUUACUAACCAAGGCGUUUUACAACAAACCACCCGCUCACUCAUACUUCAUCGGCUGCUCCCUCGGUGGGCGGAUGGGCGUCAAAGCAGCAGAAGCAUACCCAGAAGACUACGACGGCAUCGUCGCUGGCUGCCCAGCCGUCGACUUCCUCCACCUCCAAGGCGAAAGAGCCAUGUUCUACCCCAUCACCGGCCCCGUCAACUCCCCCAACUUUAUCACGCCAGACCUCUGGACGGGCCUGAUACACAACGAAGUCCUCAAGCAGUGCGAUCUCCUAGACGGCGUGAAGGACGGCAUCAUCGAAAACCCGGGCAAAUGCCACUUCCGGCCUGAAACUCUACAGUGUCCAAAAUCCAAGACGUCAGGCUGUCUCAACGCACAGCAGGUCCAGCAACUCCGUAGGAUUUACGCCCCGUACACAUUCCCCGACGGAUCCCUCAUAUUCCCUCGCAUGAACCCCGGAAACGAAGAACAAGCCGUAAAGAAGUUCUUUGCCGGUGCACCAUUCAGUUACUCGCAGGACUGGUUCCGCUACGUCGUCCUCAACGACUCAACCUGGGACGCAAUAAACUACAACUCCUCUCUCGCGGCCGUAGCAGACGCCGAGAAUCCCUUCAACAUAAGGACCUUCCCGCGUGCGUUGCCCUCGUUCAAAGCACGUGGCGGCAAGAUGAUAAGUUACCACGGCGGACAGGACAACCAAAUCACCAUGUUUAACACGGAGCGAUUCUGGGACUACAUGGCAAGUGAGGAUGAGGAUUUACACGACUACUAUCGCUUCUUUCGGGUUUCCGGCAUGUUUCACUGUAAUUCUGGGCCGGGGGCAUGGGCUUUCGGACAGGGAGGCGGUGCGCCGGCCGAGGGGAUUCCGUUCGUGAAGGAGAGGAAUGUGCUUGCUGCUAUUGUUGCGUGGGUGGAAAGAGGACAAGCGCCGGGGGGUUUGGAGGGGACCAAGUUUGUGGAUGAUACGGUUGAGCUGGGUGUUGAUUUUAAGCGUGUUCAUUGCUUAUAUCCGAAGACGCAGACUUAUAUUGGCGGGAAUUACAAGCAUGCUUCGAGUUGGAGGUGUGUUUAG